AUGUUCAAAGCAUUGCUACACCCCAAUGAUUCCGCCAUAUCAACAAUCUCAAGAAUACUCUGCAACUUGCAUUUCCCAUUUUCUCACAAAUUCCUCACCACCACCACCUCUACACCCUCAUUCGCAGUCUCCUACUUCAUCAACAAUCUCAAAUUCUCAUCAGAAUCCGCUCUCAAAGCCUCCAAACUCGUCCAUUUCAAAACCUCUAAAAAACCCGAUUCAGUUCUCAACUUCUUCAGAACCCACGGUUUCACCGAUUCAGAUAUACACAAAAUCAUCCAAAGAGAACCCUGGCUCCUUUCCUGCGACACCCAGAAAAGGGUUCUCCCAAAGUUUCAAUUUUUACUCUCCAAAGGCGCUUCUACCUCUGAUAUCGUUCGCAUCGUCGUAGGUAACCCUAGAUUCAUGAAAUCCAGCUUGAAUAAUCGUGUCAUCCCUAUAUAUAAUUUGGUAACUCAAUAUCUUCAAUCUGAUGAAAAGACUAUUGCUUCCAUAGUUUCAUGUCCUUCUUUGCUUUGUAGUGAUUAUCUUGCUCCUAAUAUCAAUAUGAUGGUUGAGAAUGGCGUUUGCUAUUCUAGCAUUUAUAGGAUUCUUCGUACUAGGCCUAAUGUUAUCUUUUGGAGACGUAGAGAGGUAGAAGAGACGGUGAAGGAAUUGAAAAACAUGGGAUUUGAUCCAUCUAAAUCGUAUUUCGGUGAUGCGUUGCUCGGAAAAAUAGGUUUAAGUAAAUCCAAAUGGAAUGACAGAAUUGAUAUCUUUAAGAGUUGGGGUUGGUCUGAGGAAACUGUUUUGGAAGCUAUUAUGAGGCAGCCGAAAUGUAUGUUAGUGUCGAACGACAAAAUCAAUAAGGUGAUGAGUUUUUGGGUUAAUGAGAUGGGUUGGGAUUCUUCUCACCUAGUCAAGGGACCAGGGAUGUUUUGUUAUUGUUUGGAGAAAAGGAUCAUUCCAAGAGCUAUGGUUAUUUUUCAUCUUAUAGCUAAGGGCAUGAGAAGUGAAAAGGCUAGCUUGCUUUCUCCUUUUUAUGCGUCUGAGAAAUUGUUUUUGGAAAGGUAUGUGUUGUGUUUUAAAGAGGAGGAAAGUUCCCAUCUUUUGAAGUUAUAUCAUGCAAUGAUGAAGCUGGGAGAUAAGAAGGCAAGAGGCAUAGAAGAAUCAUGA